AUGGCAGUGGCCCGGGGAGUCGGAAGCCCGGAGCCAGCGCGGACGCUGCUAUAUAAGUGGGGGGGCCGCGGAGCGGGGGAGCCCGGCUGCGCUUUGGAGAAGCGAGGAGCCGCCGCCCGAGGCCGGUCCCGGCGAGCAAGGGCGCCUCGGCCCCCGGACCCAUUUCCCAGUGGCGAGCGCCUGGAGCCAGGAGCCCGGGUGCUUGGGUCUGUGAGGCGCAGAGCACCCCAACUGCUGGCCUCCCCGUCACCCGCUCGCAGCCAAGCUCAGCGGGCGAGGCCCCCGGCGCCCCGCAGCCGCCGCCGCGCCAUGCUCCACCUUAGCGAGUUUUCCGGCCCCGACGCGCUCCUGGUCAAGUCCACCGAGGGCUGUUGCGCGGAACCCAGCACCGAAUUGUCCCGGCUGCCCGGCAGGGAAGCGCCGGCUACCGCCGGCUACCCCGGAGCAGGCGACUUCUUGAGCUGGGCUUUGAGCAGCUGCGGCGCCGGGGGGGACUUAGCCGAUUCCUGCUUCCUGGAGGGGCCUGCACCCACGCCCCCUCCUGGCCUCAGCUACAGCGGUAGCUUCUUCAUCCAAGCAGUACCCGAACACCCGCACGACCCGGAGGCACUCUUCAACCUCAUGUCGGGCAUCCUGGGUCUGGCACCUUUCCCCGGCCCUGAGGCGGCAGCAUCCCGGUCUCCGCUGGACGCCUCUUUUCCCGCAGGCCCCGACGCCUUGCUGCCGGGUCCACCGGACCUUUACUCCCCGGAUCUGGGCGCUGCCGCCUUCCCAGACGCGUUCUGGGAGGUCUCACCCUCGGCAGGCGCCCCCUCACAGUGCCUGUAUGAGCCUCAGCUCUCCCCGCCCGACGUCAAGCCAGGCCUCCGGGCGCCUCCGGCCUCUCCCGCGCUGGACACUGCCUCGGCCUUCAAAGGCCCCUACGCUUCCUGGGAGCUGCUCUCAGCUGGAGCCCCAGGGAGCUGUGGGUCACAGGGAGGUUACCAGGCCGCCCCCGACGCCCGUUUCCCCUCGAUGGGGGCCAAGAUUGAAGACCUGCUGUCCAUCAGCUGCCCAGCGGAGCUGCCGGCCGGUCCCGCCAACAGACUCUACCCCACGGGGUCUUACGACGCUUUCCCGCUGGCCGCAGGUGACUUAGGGGAGGUGGCCGAGGGCCUCCCGGGUCUCCUGACCCCUCCUAGUGGGGAUGGGGGGAGUAGCGGCGACGGCGGAGAGUUUCUGGCGGGUACUCAGGCUCAGGUUUCUCCCCUGGGCCUCCGCAGCACCGCGGCGGACUUCCCGAAACCUCUGGUGGCAGACAUCCCUGGGAGCAGUGGCGUGCCUGAGCCUCCUGGGCCACCGCCGCCGGCCCCAUUCCCCCCCACUAAGGCGCGGCGCAAGGGGCGCCGGGGUGGCAAGUGCAGCGCGCGUUGCUUCUGCCCGCGGCCGCAUGCCAAGGCCUUUGCUUGCCCAGUGGAGAGCUGUGUGCGCAGCUUUGCGCGCUCCGACGAGCUCAACCGCCACCUGCGCAUCCACACGGGCCACAAGCCCUUCCAGUGCCGCAUCUGCCUCCGCAACUUCAGCCGAAGCGACCACCUUACCACACACGUGCGCACUCACACGGGUGAGAAACCCUUUGCCUGCGACGUGUGCGGCCGCCGCUUCGCGCGCAGUGACGAGAAGAAAAGGCACAGCAAGGUGCACCUCAAGCAGAAGGCGCGCGCCGAGGAGCGGCUCAAGGGCCUUGGCUUUUACUCUUUGGGCCUCUCUUUCGCAGCCCUGUGA